AUGGAUGCGAAUCUUUUUUAUCGAUUAGAAUCACAAAUGCCAAUUGCUACUCUAACAAAUAGUAUUCCAAGCGAUAGAAAAAUUGAUCAAUUUGUACCACCAUAUGGUUACCUAUCAUCAAUUGAUGCUUUUCCUAGUUUUGAUGAGAAUGUUAUAAAUUAUUCAACAAAUCAACGUAGUCAAAAACCAUCUAAUCUUAUUUGUAAACUAGUUCUUAUUGGUGAUGUUGCCGUAGGAAAAUCAUGUUUAGCAACAAGGCUAUGUCAUAAUACAUUUGAUCGAAAUUAUAAAGCAACAAUUGGAGUGGAUUUUGAAGUUGAAAAAUUCUUAAUUUUAGGUGUACCUAUGUCAUUACAAAUAUGGGAUACUGCUGGACAAGAACGAUUCAAAUGUAUAGCAGCUGCUUAUUAUCGUGGUGCUCACGUAAUCAUAGCUGUAUUUGAUAUGAAUGAUCUUGAUACACUAAAAAGUGCUGAACGUUGGAUUAAUGAAGCCUUAAAAACAAUUGCAACUGAUAAUCCACUUAUAUAUUUAGUUGGUUCUAAACGAGAUUUAAUUACAGAUGAUAAAGUUUAUGCAAAAAUAGAUCAAACAGCUCGUAUAACUGCGAAACGUGUCAAUGCGGAAUUCUGGAGUGUUUCAUCAUUAACAGGACAUCAAGUUCAAGAAUUUUUUAAACGUAUUGCUUGUGUAUCAUAUCAAAUGUUAGUUAAACAACAAUUAAACUCAUCAAAUACAUCUACUGAAAAAUUAACAGCAAAAACUCAGUUAGCUGUUAGUCUUAAUUCAAAUAAUUACAAUACUAAACAACAAUCAAAAGAAAAUUGCUGUAGUACUUGA